AGCAUGGGCCCGAAGUGAGGUUUUCUCAUCACUUCGCAGAUUUUGAGAAAAAAAAGCAAAAAGAUUUUAGGGCUAGCAACAAGAACAACCAUCGCAAUUUCAUCAAGAUUCUUGCUUCAAUGCAAUCUCUCUUCCAAUUCAACGUCUUCAGAGAUCCCACCUUCAAAAUCCCAAGGUAAAUUUCCCUUUUCAACUCUCAUCGUGAUUCUCGUUCCUGCCGAUGAACGAAGAUAUCGUUUACAGCGUCGAAUUGGUUCACUCAUUUUGAAAGUUGAAACCCAGUUCGAAUCCGAUAGAUGAACACCGUUUUUGGUGUACCCAAUCGAUUUUAGGUGUUUUUUAGCUUACCCAUUUGAAGAAAUCACGAAUUCGUGUCGUUUUAUGGCUCAGAAGAUUUCUUGAAGUUGUGAAAAUCGAAAUAGAUAUAUAUAUAGAGAGAGAAAGAGCUGUUAGCGAUUAGGGACUAUAUUAUGGCUGAUGAUUCUUUAGCUGAAAUCGCCGAACCAUCACUCGUGAGUUUAACAGAUCAUCAUCAGCAACAGCAACAGCAACAGCCUCUUGAUUUGGUAGAUUUGACAAAUCAUGCUUUAGUUAUAGGUCAAGAAUUUCCAGAUGUUGAAACUUGUAGAAGGGCUUUGAAAGAUAUCGCCAUAGCAUUGCACUUUGAUCUUCGAAUAGUCAAAUCGGAUCGUAGUCGUUUUAUAGCUAAAUGCUCGAAAGAAGGUUGUCCAUGGCGUGUUCAUGUUGCAAAAUGCCCAAAUGUACCUACCUUUUCGAUUAGAACACUUCAUGGAGAGCAUACAUGUGAAGGGGUUCGGAACCUCCAUCAUCAGCAAGCGUCGGUAGGUUGGGUUGCGAGAUCGGUUGAAUCAAGAAUCCGGGAUAAUCCACAGUAUAAACCGAAGGAGAUUUUGCAAGAUAUUCGUGAUCAACAUGGUGUUGCGGUUUCUUAUAUGCAAGCUUGGCGUGGAAAAGAGCGUAGUAUGGCUGCAUUACAUGGAACUUUUGAAGAAGGGUACCGGCUUUUACCUACGUAUUGUGAACAAAUUCGGAAAAGUAAUCCAGGAAGCAUAGCGUCGGUUUUCUCCACAGGACAAGAUAAUUGCUUCCAACGCCUCUUUAUAUCGUAUCGUGCAUCAAUCAUUGGGUUUUUGAAUGCUUGUAGGCCGUUACUAGAACUUGAUAAAGCCCAUCUAAAAGGAAAGUAUUUAGGUACCCUUAUAUGUGCUUCAGCUGUUGAUGGUGAUGAUGGAUUGUUUCCUUUAGCAUUUGCGGUAGUUGAUGUUGAAAGUGACGAAAACUGGAUGUGGUUUAUGUCGGAAUUGCGUAAGCUUCUUGGUGUCAAUACCGAAAACAUGCCUAGACUCACGAUAUUAUCUGAAAGGCAGCGGGGCAUGGUGGAGGCCGUCGAGACGCAUUUUCCAAGCGCUUUUCACGGGUUCUGUUUGCGGUAUGUUAGCGAGAAUUUUCGCGAUACAUUCAAGAAUUCAAAACUAGUGAACAUAUUUUGGAGUGCCGUUUACGCCCUUACACCAGUUGAAUUCGAAAGCAAGAUAUCCGAGAUGCUUGAGGUUUCCCAAGAUGUCAUUUUGUGGUUCCAAGAAUUCCCGCCUCAACUCUGGGCAGUAGCGUACUUUGAAGGCGUCCGUUAUGGACAUUUCACAUUAGGGAUCACUGAACUUUUAUAUAAUUGGGCAUUAGAAGGUCACGAACUCCCAAUUGUGCAACUAAUGGAGCACAUCCGCCAUCAAUUGAUCACAUGGUUUGAAAACCGGCUUAAUAUGGGAAUGAGAUGGAACUCAAUAGUCGUACCAUCUGCAGAAAAACGGAUUCUUGAAGCGAUUGCUGAUGCCCGUUGCUAUCAGGUUUUGCGUGCAAAUGAGGUUGAAUUUGAGGUUGUGUCAACUGAGCGAACAAACAUCGUGGACAUAAGAAGUAGAGUAUGCUCAUGCCGCCGGUGGCAGUUAUAUGGUCUUCCGUGUGCACAUGCUGCAGCCGCCCUCAUAUCUAGCGGCAAGAAUGCACAUGUGUUUGCUGAUCAUUGUUUUAAAGUAGAAAGUUAUCGUGAAACAUACUCACAGAUGAUAUAUCCGGUUCCAGAUAAAAGUCUUUGGAAAGAUCUUAGUGAAGGCGGAGGUGUGAAAUUCGAUAUCAUAAUCCGUCCACCAAAGACACGCAGGCCUCCUGGUCGGCCAAAAAAGAAAGUUCUUCGUAUAGAGAGUUUGAAGCGGCCAAAAAGAAUCGUUCAAUGUGGGCGUUGCCAUAUGUUGGGACACUCUCAAAAGAAGUGUGCGAUGCCAAUUUGACGUCAAUGGUUGUUUGUUCUCUUAUCCUUCUUUAAUAUCCAUUUGUUUUCGCUUUGGUUUUUUGACAAUCGGCAUAGAGUUGUGUAUUUGUAUGCUUAAGAAGUUGCAAAAUAAGUUCUUGUUGUUAGCUUUCAUCGUGUAUAUCAUAGUCGCAUUGUUCAAUCAUGCGCUCCUUUUCAGAUACAAAAGAAAACUAUUGUUCUGGG